AUGCAUCCGUUCGCCAUCGCACUCUGGGCUACACUCCCGUUGACAGGUGCCUACGAUGCCUUGACUGCUGCCACCUUGAAGCAAGCUGCAGCCGACUCACCUCCUCAAGGCAGCCCGUUGGCAGGCGACCCGAUUGACAUUCGUGAACAUGAGCGGUUGCUGAGAAGUGCUGAGACAGCUUUCAACAACACCGAAGAGAGAGUAGCAGUUCCUGGACUCGAGAUGGCAGCCUACCAGCUUGAGAAGGCCUCGACAAAGACAGCAAAGUCGCUGUGGACCAAAACUUGGGCAGUACUCAAAACGAUCGUUCCUGGUUCUCACAAACAAAUGCAGUUUGGAAAAGAUGCCUUGACUUCCCUAAAAAAUAUGGAUAAGAACGCAGUGAAAGUAAAAAACGGGGUCCAUUACGUGGUGGUGCAUUCAGAGAAAGUACGGCUGCGUGAACGCUUAAUGGAGCAACACAAACUUGAUGGAAUGGUAGAGGCGUACGCGACUAUCAAAGAUGGUCAUUACAGCGACUUUGCGAAAGACCUUGCCCGCAAACUUCGUGAGGAGCAGUUCUUGAAGUGGUGGAAUGAAGGAAAGUCUCCGUUUCAAGUUGUGCCCGUACUGAAGAUUGGCCCCGAUGGCAUGCUUGCUCAGAAAUUGAAGAUGUUGGAAGGCUUCAUCGCGUUUCGCAACCACAGGGUAUUAAAUAACGAUGAAUUCCUUCUCGGUACCUUGGUGAAAGGUCUCAAGGGCGAGGACAAAUUGGCGUCGCUCAUAGGAAUAGCUAAGACAAAUAGAGACGCAAAUAGCGCAGCUGAGAAGCUGGAGAGGCUGCUGAUGGACGAGUGGCACGGCCGAGGAGUGAAGCCUCUGAAACUGUUGGAGCAGCUUGGGAUGGACAAAAGUGUGGACGACCUGUUCAGCUCCAAGCUAGACACAGUCGUGAAGUACGUCGCUGAAUUCAACACAAAGAACACGGGUGCGGAGUUCUCGUUGCUCGCUCACUCCAGAGAUCGCUACAAGGAUAAGGCAGUGGUGAAUGCGCUCAUCACUGCAAGACAAGAGUCUACAAGUGCGUCGACGAAGGCCAUUGCUAAGCGGUGGCAGAGUGAGUCGCUCAAGGACUGGUACAACCAUGGAAAAGCGAUUGAUGAGGUUGUGGAGGAGCUCAUCGUUGGUCAGGAGAAAGCUUUUACGCUAAGGAUUGAAGCGUGCGAAGAGUACAUCGGAUUGUGCAAGCCCGGAACGUCAGACGGCAACACUCUCCUCAAAACCCUCGUGUCACUCUUUGGUAGUGAGGACAAAUUGGCGUCAUUCAUUGGACAGAUGAGGACGAGGAGUGAUGAAACGAGUGGUGCUAAGAAGCUGGAGAGGCUGCUGAUGGACGAGUGGCACGGCCGAGGAGUGAAGCCUCUGAAACUGUUGGAGCUGCUUGGGAUGGACAAAAGUGUGGACGACCUGUUCAGCUCCAAGCUAGACACAGUCGUGAAGUACGUCGCUGAAUUCAACACAAAGAAUACGGGUGCGGAGUUCUCGUUGCUCGCUCACUCCAGAGAUCGCUACAAGGAUAAGGCAGUGGUGAAUGCGCUCAUCGAUGCAAGACAAGAGUCUACAAGUGCGUCGACGAAGGCCAUUGCUAAGCGGUGGCAGAGUGAGUCGCUCAAGGACUGGUACAACCAUGGAAAAGCGAUUGAUGAGGUUGUGGAGGAGCUCAUCGUUGGUCAGGAGAAAGCUUUUACGCUAAGGAUUGAAGCGUGCGAAGAGUACAUCGGAUUGUGCAAGCCCGGAACGUCAGACGACAACACUCUCCUCAAAACCCUCGUGUCACUCUUUGGUAGUGAGGACAAAUUGGCGUCAUUCAUUGGACAGAUCAAGACGAGGAGUGAUGAAACGAGUGGUGCUAAGAAGCUGGAGAGGCUGCUGAUGGACGAGUGGCACGGCCGAGGAGUGAAGCCUCUGAAACUGUUGGAGCUGCUUGGGAUGGACAAAAGUGUGGACGACCUGUUCAGCUCCAAGCUAGACACAGUCGUGAAGUACGUCGCUGAAUUCAACACAAAGAAUACGGGUGCGGAGUUCUCGUUGCUCGCUCACUCCAGAGAUCGCUACAAGGAUAAGGCAGUGGUGAAUGCGCUCAUCGAUGCAAGGCAAGAACAUCGCGGUGGUCCGACUGCGGAUAUUGCUGAGCAGUGGCAAAAGGAGUUGUUGAAGAGCUGGCUGAGUGAAGACAAAUCCAUUGAAGCCGUUCUCGGGGUUUUGCAGCGUCGCGACGACCAAGUUGUACCACGUUCGGCUGAAAAAAAACUGGAAACACUGAAAAUCUACAUACAGUUAUUUAACACAAAGAAUCACCGGCACGGCACGGGCUCGUUCCCAGAACUUCGCGGGGACGCCGCUAUCGCUAUAAUGCUUUGGGAGGCGAUGGCUGAGGUGACACUCACGACUCAUGCUUUCAACGCAUACAAAACAGAACUAUUUGCAAAAUGGCGUGGUCUCAAUUUAACAACGACGGACGUUCGCAAGAUGUUUUCGAAUGUAGGAGAGAGCAAUGUUGCAUACGUGGACUCGAUUGCCAGUCACUACGAAACGUUUUCGUUUUAUGAGAACUCAAGACGUUCUAAGGUUGGCAAAUGGCAUCCAUAG